AUGUUCUACGAACCAGGCAAAACAGAACAUAACCUCCCCCAUGACCCAUUCAAGGCCUGUGUCGUCCCACGUCCUAUAGGCUGGAUAUCUACCGUAUCACCUACCAAUAUCACCACCACCACCACCACCACCACCAAUAACGCUUCAUCGUCCAGUCCAUCAGGCACAACCCCAGGCACACGCCCAGGUCCCAUCGCCAAUCUAGCCCCUUACUCUCAAUUCAACAACCUGACAUUCGACCCCCCGUACGUAAUGUUCUCCGCGAACCAGACCCCACGCUCGGCGCAAAAGGACACGGUGCGCAACGCCGAGGCCACGGGCGUCUUUUGCUGGCAACUGGCAACCUACCCGCUGCGGGACGCCGUCAACAAGUCGGCCGAGUACCUCCCUUACGGAGUCGAUGAGUUCGAGCGCGCCGGCCUGGCAAAGACGUGGUCCAGGGUGCUCAAGACACCCGUGCCCAUGGUCAGGGACUCGCCCGUCAGGUUCGAGUGCGAGUACUACACCACCCUUCGUCUGCCGGGGAAUCCGCCCAUGGGCACCGUCGACGUCGUCAUCGGCAAGGUCGUGGGUAUCCACAUCGAUGAGCACGUCCUCACCGAUGGCAGGAUCGACAUCAACAAGACCAAACCCAUCGCCCGCUGUGGCUACUACGAGUACAUCAUGGCCUCGGAUCCUUUCAGUAUGAUCAUUCCCGGCGACCCCGCUACUCUCUAUGGCCUGGAAGGGAGCGUUAAGCAUCACAAGGAACAUCGAGAGCGAGAAGCAGCUGAAAAGUCGGGAGUAGAUCAGUCUAGUCAUGUUUGA